UUUAAGUUUAAACACUGAAAGUAUUUAGUACUGAAAUUUAAAACAAAAUGUUUAUAAAAUAUUUUAUAUUUUUAAUAGUCCAAACUAUUUUUUAUCAACCGGGGAGUGCAGAAUCUUGUGAUUUAGAAGAAUUCUAUAAAUAUUUCUUUGGUCAUAUUGAAAAUGUUAAAAAAUCGGUGGAAAUUUUAAAUGCUAGACUGGAUAUCAUAACAGACAGACAUUUAGAAUCUAUUGCUCAAAAUCCGACUACAGAAAAACCUCUUGAUCCCGUACCCCAUAUAGCAAAACCUAUAUUUGACAUACGCUAUGAUGAUAUGCCCAAACAUUGUGCUACCGCCAAACAACCCAGUAGUUGCGCCGAAGCCACCAAAUGCACCCGAUCUAGUGGUAUCUAUAAUAUUACCGUUAAACGUUAUAGCGAUCAAACAUUUCAAGCAUUCUGUGAUAAAGACAAUUUCGAGGGCGAUUGGUUGUAUAUAUUAAAACGUGUUGAUGGUUCCGAGAAUUUUAAUCGUCCUUGGUCGGACUAUGUUAAGGGAUUUGGUAAUGUGGGCGGUGAGUAUUGGCUGGGUUUGGAGCAUUUACAUGCGCUCACCAAUUACAAUGGCCCCCAAGAGCUAAAUAUCUAUAUGGAAAAUUUUGAAGGACGUCAGGUCUUUGCUCGUUAUGAUAAUUUCGUUGUGGGCAAUGUUAGUGAGAAUUAUCGCUUGAAAUCAUUGGGACGCUAUUGGGGUACGGCAGGUGAUAGUAUGUUUAAUCAAUUAGGCUGUCAGUUCAGUACACAUGACUUUGAUAAUGAUCAGUUGAAGGAUACAAAUUGUGCGGCCGCUCGUAAGGGAGGAUUUUGGUUUAAAGACUGCGCCAAAGCCAAUCCUACUGGUCUUUAUUUGCGUGGUAAAUAUACCAAGCUGUAUGAAGGCUCCUAUUGGCGUACCUUUGAUGGUGAAAAUUAUUCGCAAAAAACUAUAAUUUUUAUGAUUAGACGACAAACUAGUGUUAAGUAUCUUUAAGGUAUUAGAAAGUAGAAUAUUUAGAUAAAAACAAAUUUAAAUUAUUUAAAA